UUUGCUGGUAAGUGGUAACCUUAAUUUUACUACAUAGAUUAGUAAGAACAGAAACGAGUUGGAGCUAGACUCAUGUGUUAAUGUCCGUCGACUCUCAAAUUUGGUCUCAGCCACCCUUCUCCUCUUUAUAGGUUUUGUCGCCCCCAUUUUCAAAUCAAAUCUACAGCUACAACCAAUUCUUCAUCUACUUUGCUUUCUUCAAAUAUACCCAAUUCUGCUCUGCUCUGCUCCACAAGAAAAUGUUUAAUCUCUCAAAAGAAAAGUCUUCUCUAGCAUAACAGAAGAAAUGGUGGGUCUAUCUGGGCCGCACGAUCAGACCCAUCUCUCAUCCUCGCCUUCCAAUCAUUUCCACCACCACCACCACAGUGGUAGAAAUGUUUUCCAUUUGAUAGCGCUGAGGGAGAUCUCUCCUAGAACAAAGCAUGUGCCAAAAAGGCGGUGGGGAGAAGCUUCUAAACCUGGGCCCAAAACUGAAGCAACCAGAGAUGCAAGAUGUGGUCUUCUUUCAUGGGUUGAGGCAGAGACAUUGCGCCAUUUAUCCGCUAAGUACUGCUCAUUGGUGCCUCCUCCAAGGUCAACUAUUGCAGCAGCAUUCAGUCCUGAUGGAAGAACACUUGCUUCUACACAUGGUGACCAUACUGUAAAGAUAAUUGAUUGUCAAACUGGACGUUGCUUAAAGGUCUUAAGCGGUCAUAGGAGGACUCCUUGGGUGCCUGAAACUCCUGGGGAUAGGAGUGACUGCUUGAAUAACAAAGUUAGGUUCCAUCCUUUGCAUCCAGAAAUAAUUGCGAGUGGGAGCUUGGAUUAUGAAGUUCGAUUAUGGGAUGCAAGCACAUCAGAGUGUAUAGGAUCACGGGAUUUUUAUCGCCCUAUUGCAUCCAUUGCUUUCCACGCUAAAGGGGAUAUCCUUGCUGUUGCAUCAGGACACAAGUUAUACAUAUGGCAGUACAACAAGAGAGGAGAAGCUUCACACCCAAACUUUAUAUUAAAGACAAGGCGUUCACUUCGAGCAGUGCAUUUUCACCCUCAUGCUGCUCCAUUUCUAUUAACUGCUGAGGUCAAUGAUCUUGACUCUUCAGAUUCCUCGAUGACGCAUGCAACAUCUUUGGGAUACUUGCGAUAUCCUCCUCCAGCUGUUUUUGUGGCAAAUGCUUAUUCCAGUGAAUGUGUUAGUUUGACUGCUGAACUACCUCUCGUAUCCUUACCUUUCUUGUUUGUGCCUUCAUUUGCCAUAGAUGGUUCGACUAGCAUGCAAGUCGAGCCUUCUCCAUCAAUGCAGUUUCAAGUGGAUGCAAAUGAAGUGCAGCAAAAUUAUAAUAUUAUGGUUUCUCCAACAGAGGCAUUUCGUACUAUUCCUACUGGCUCACACGGUGGAAUAGAAGAUGUUGCUGAUAAUCAUUUACCUAGUGGAACAGGAAAUGCUGUUUUUGACACCACAGUGGAUGCUAUGGAAACUGAUGAAAUACAGCCCAUUGGGAGAAGCCAGCAGGGAAGCUCUACUAACUUAGAUACUACUGGUGGUGUCAAUACUGCGAUUCGUGGAGUACCUGUGUAUAUUCCAAACCGCCUGGAUCUUGCUGAGAUUGGACACCAUCAAUUCUUACCUGAGAGAGAUCCAAGUAGUUGGGAGCUACCGUUCUUGCAAGGAUGGUUAAUGGGUCAAAGCCAAGCUGAUGUUCCUUCAGUGCUGCCUCUUAAUGGUGAUGGCAGUAGUCGUGAGCCAUCAGCUCAAUAUAUAAAUUCUUCCAUCUUAGCAUCUCAUCUGUCUACUCAUAACAUGACAAUGCCAGGCGGCAUCAGCCUGUCUGGCAUUUCUGGAAGAUCUAGCUUGCAAAAUCGCUUUUCAAACUCCCACCUGUCUGUAUCUGAUUCUGUGGAGGGUGCUGCUCAGGUUAAUGCCCCAAGUGAUUGGGUUGAUACUCAACCCAUUAUCAGUAGAAUCCAGUCAGAAAUCACCACCUCACUGGCUGCUGUAGCUACUGCAGAGCUACCUUGCACUGUGAAGCUAAGAGUAUGGCCACAUGAUGUUGAAAAUCCUUUUGCCCUACUUAAUGCUGAAAGAUGUUGCUUAACCAUACCCCAUGCCGUCCUCUGUAGUGAAAUGGGUGCCCAUUUUUCUCCUUGUGGGAGAUUUUUAGCUGCCUGUGUUGCAUGCAUGCUUCCUCACAUGGAGGCUGAUCCAGGAUAUCAGACUCUAAUCCAUCAAGAUCCUGGAGCUGGAACAUCCCCAACACGACAUCCAGUCUCAGCUCACCAAGUUAUAUAUGAGCUUCGGAUUUAUUCUCUUGAGAAGGCAACCUUUGGUUUAGUGCUUGUAUCAAGAGCCAUUAGAGCUGCUCAUUGUUUGACUUCUAUCCAGUUCUCACCUACAUCUGAGCACAUAUUACUUGCCUAUGGUCGACGUCAUGGUUCUCUUCUUAAAAGUAUUGUCAUUGAUGGGGAAACAACAUUACCUAUUUACACUAUUCUGGAGGUUUACAGAGUUUCAGAUAUGGAACUUGUGGGAGUGCUUCCAAGUGCAGAGGAUGAGGUCAAUGUUGCUUGCUUUCAUCCAUUUGCUGGAGGAGGUCUUGUUUAUGGAACAAAGGAAGGGAAGCUUAGGGUUUUACAGUGUGAUGGUGCUCGUGGUGUGAAUUGCACUGGAUCAAAUUACAUUCCUGAGGAAAACAUGACUCUUGUAGGAUAAUGAACCAGGUUGUGGCCUAUUCUUCAUUUUUUGUUUAUGAUUUUUAAUUUGAAUUUGAAAAGCUUUGUUCUUUUUA